AUGGGAACAGUUGAUAUUUCCCCUAGCAAAAUUCAUAUUCUUGCUUUCCCUUUUCCUGCAAAAGGUCAUAUAAAUCCUAUGUUACACCUCUGCAACCGCCUGGCCACGAAAGAUUUCAGGGUUACACUGAUUACUACAACUUCUAUAUUCAAGUCUGCUAAAACCAAAACCAUCGGCUCCAUCAAGAUUGAGUGUAUUCCAGAUGACUCCGAUGAACCCGUUGAAGAAGAUCUCAAAGGCUUUUUGGCAAGGUUGAGAGCUGCUGCUUCCAGAGGCUUGGAAGAACUGGUUGAGAAAUGUAGAAAGACUGAUCCGUAUCCUCCCAGAAUUGUGAUUUAUGACUCAACUAUGCCUUGGGUUCUGAACUUAGCUCAUCGGGUGGGACUUCGCGGUGCUUCUUUCUUUACUCAAUCUUGUGCUGUUUGUGCUCUUUACUACCAUAUGGACCAGGGAACAAUACAGCUUCCUCUUGAUAAGGCUGUUACUGUAAAAUUGCCUUCAAUGCCAGCACUUGAAGCAAUGAUCUUCCUGAUCUCCAGUACUUCCCUGAUCCAGAUAGUGUUCACGAGGCUCUUCUUGAUCAGUUCUCGAACAUGA